AUGACUGUUGAUGUGCUCAUCGGCUAUCUUUUCUCCGGACUGGAUUGCCUUUAUGGUGGUAUUUGGUAUUACAGUGACGAACUACGACAAGGACAAAUGGCAGCCAGCUAUGAUUCUUUGGUUACCAAUUUUAGCAAAGAAAUGUUAUCCUUCUCCGACUUUCCGUUUCCCAAGGAAUGGCCGCCUUUUAUUCCUCAUAAAAGGGUACAUCAAUAUUUGCACAGCUAUGCAGAACACUACGAUUUGAAGAAAUACAUCAGAUUUAACCAAGAUGUGCUUUCAAUAGAACAAUCGGGCGAUGGUAGAUGGAAUGUUUUCUCAACCAACAAUGAUGGCAAGUUGCAAGAAACAUUCGACCAUUUGAUGGUGUGUACUGGAGUGUUCAACAAAAUACAUUACCCAUCAUACCCUGGAUUGAAUAAAUUUGCGGGAAUACAGAUGCAUGCAAAUAAAUACCGAAACACAACUGGGUUAACUAACAAACGAAUUGUUGUUGUAGGUGCAGGUUCCUCAGCUGGAGAUAUAGCAUGUGAACUUGCCAGGAGUGGAUCUACUCAGGUAUACCUGAGCAUGCGCAAUGGCACUUGGGUAAUUCCCCGCACCGGCCCGGAUAGUUAUCCAUAUGAUAUGCGAACGUUUUCAAAGUCCGCCAUGAAUGGCUCUACACAAACCGUAGCGUCGACAUUAGACAAACUUGUGAGACAAAAUAUCCAAGACUACAAACGUCUAGGCUGGGGUAAUCUGUUGCAUAACUCCUUUCGCUGGACUAAACGCUACCCCAUCGGGGCAAUCUCGGAUUCGGACCCCAAUUCGUGGGACGAAACCAGAAGUCCCCGACCGGACCCCAAGGCUCCUUCCCCGGACCCCGGUACCACAAACUUCUGUUUUGCCAGCCGGGUGAAGGGGGAUGGCCGCGUUCCAUGGUCAUUCUCAUCGACUCAUUCUGAGACUAUCCAACAUGCUCUGAGAGCAAAGUUGCGACCAAUAAAUGUCCUUGAAUUUGUGGGCGCCACACUGGAGCGCAUUCUUGUGCGCGCCCAGGACUCUGAGACCUCAGAUGCAGAACGCACUCGCCUCCUAGAGCAGGUGACACAGUUAAUGGUAGGCCACCGUAUGGCUAUGUGCGAUAUCCUCCAGUGUCAUAUGGCUCUCUUGGCCGGGGCUACUACUGUGCAGCGAGACACUGUUUUAGACGCGUGUGUUUUCGCCGGCGAACUGAGUCAGGGGGUACGUCACCACCUCAGUUACGCAGACUGGACAAACCAGAUGGUCCAAGUCGAAUCCGCUAGCCAGUUGGCCGCUGCCAAGGGUAAACUGAGGGCGCCCCAGGCACAGAAAGCACAACGCUCUAGGACUAGCUCCACUAAACAGAGUCGGCCAGGAGGCAAGCACUCAUACCCAUCCGCGGGAGGGAAGUGUAGCGGCGCGCCACCAGGAAAGAGGGGACCAGGUGGUGGCUCCUCCUCCUCCUCCUCGGGCGGUCAUCAUCCCCGGCAGCGGGACGGCGAUGACAUGAAGCUGUAUAAAUACGUAUUUCUAGUCCGUAUGGAAAACCCAGAGAAACUUGCUGUAAUUGGCAUGAUAGCUCCAUUUAGUACUGUGUGGCCAUGUAUGGAACUCCAAGCCAGGUGGGCCACAAGAGUGUUUACUAAGAAGCUGAAUUUACCGAAGAAAGAAGAGAUGCUUGCGGACAUUGAAACUAAGCCAAAAUAUAGCAGACGCUACUGUUUGAUAAACCCAUAUGUAUACGAAGACGAGAUUGCCGAAUGCAUUGGUGUGAAACCUUCAUUCUGGAAACUGCUGCUCUCUGAUCCAAAACUGGCCAUGGCCGUCCAGUAUGGGCCCCAACUAUCUUACAUGUAUCGCUUGCAAGGCCCUGGGAAAUGGGACGGCGCACGUGACGCCAUAUUAAAUGCACGAGAUAACACAGUGUCGCAUAUGGCUUCGUACAGAUCAUAG